AUUUGAGAAAGUAUUGGUACCAAAAGUCUUAUUUAAAUGAGUUUGCAAGGUGAAAAUGUAAUUCAAUUUUACAAUCAACAGUCAAUUAGUUGCUCCAUGAUACAACAAUGGAGGAGAAGAAGAAGCAACAGCCAAUCAAGGGAAACGACACCGUAGCAUCAGCAUCAGCAUCAGCAUCAGCAUCAGCAUCAGCAUGGAAGGCUUUUCUGGUACAUCCGAUAUGCGGAAUAGGGCUUGCAUCGGCGUUACAGGUGGCCCACAAAAUCUACUCCGUCGAUCUCAAUUCCGAUCCUUCAUACCUCCGUCUGAUCUGGGUUAUUGCGGCUCCAAUUGUGAUCCUUAUUUACAGUCUUUUCCGGAAAAAUCCAAAAAAAUUUCCGUACUGGAAAGCUGUUGGACGAGGCAUAUUGGGGCUUCCUGCUGGGGCAGUAGUGAAUGCACUUGCAGCUAUUGCUUUGGGAGCACCAGUUGGCAUUAAGUACUUCACAAGGACCCUUCACUGGUCACUGUUGAUGUCAUUGUUUACCGUUGUCCCUGCAGUUUCUGUUUUUGGUUUAUCAUGGACCAAUUGGCAACGAAUAUUUGCACACACAAAGCCAACUGGAUCUGUCGAUUAUAUGGUAUGUCUACCUGCACAUGGAGCUGUUAUUGGAGCUUGGUUUGGGGCUUGGCCAAUGCCACUUGAUUGGGAAAGGCCAUGGCAGGAUGAUGGUAAAUUCAUGAGAGGUGAUGCAACUUUCUUUCUGCGAACUUUUCCUAAACAUCUGUCUCAUCAAUAUCAGUUUUGGAAUGGCCUAUUUGCGUGAGUUAUGGUGUGAUAGCCGGGUACCUGGUUGCUAUGGUGGCAUCUUUCAGUUUCAUACUACUGCGUGGUGAGCGCCAGCAUGUCAAAGGAGAAUAAUUGGUUAAAAAAAUUUGUAGAUUCUCAUCAUUUUUUUGGGAGCAUUUUGGACUACCGUUAACACUUUCUUGUCUCACACAAUUUUUAAUGUUAACCUGAGAUUUAGCACUUAGAUCCUUUUUUUAGCUUUCAAUGUACUUUGGACAUCUUCUAAUCUUAAGUAGAAGAUCUUGUUUAGUUCUCAUUGUCACCAUGAAACGGUGCAUUUCACGUUUAAAUUUUAGCUCAAGAGGUGCAGCUAUGGCGAUUAGCAUCAAUUUAUUCUGAUUGGGACUUGAAUUUUGCCGUCAACAUUUUGUUCUUUCUUUCUUC